CUUAUCCUUUUCCUCAGGGGUUGGUUAUUUUUAAUCAACAUUUCCCAUGGCUGUUGAUGAAACCCAGUUUCAUGUUCUUGCGGUUGAUGACAGUGUCAUUGAUAGAAAGCUAAUUGAAAGGCUUCUUAAGACUUCUUCUUUCCAAGUUACGACUGUGGAUUCAGGGAGUAAAGCACUGGAGUUUCUUGGAUUGAACGACGGAAACGACAACGAUGAAGAUGUGGGAGUGAAUCUUAUCAUAACAGAUUAUUGUAUGCCUGGAAUGACAGGAUAUGAUCUUCUAAGAAGAAUAAAGAAAUCAUCGUGUUUGAGAGACAUACCAGUUGUGAUCAUGUCUUCUGAGAAUAUCCCAUCAAGAAUCAACAGAUGCUUGGAAGAUGGAGCUCAAGACUUCUUUCUGAAACCACUUCAAUUAUCCGACGUGAACAAGCUCAGGCCUCAUCUAAUGAGGACAUAG